AUGGCGGAGGUGCAGCAAGUGCGGGUGCAGGAGGCCGUGGACUCUAUGGUGAAGAGCCUGGAGAGAGAGAAUAUCCAGAAGAUGCAGGGUCCCACGUUCCAGUGCAGCGCCAACUGCUGUGAAGACAGCCAGGUGUCCAUGCAGCAGGUACACCAAUGCCUCGAGAGCUGCCAUGCGCCUCUUGCUCAAGCUCAGGCUCUGGUGACCCUUGAGUUGGAGAAGUUCCAGGACCGCCUGGCCCGAUGCACCAUGCAUUGCAAUGACAAAGCCAAAGAUUCAAUACAUGCAGGGAGUAAGGAGCUUCACGUGAAGCAGCAGCUGGACAGUUGUGUGACUGUGUUGAUGACCACAUGCACCUCAUCCCAACUAUGACCAAGAAGAUGAAGGAGUCUGUCAUAUCCAUUGGGAAAUAAAAAU